AUGGAGACGUUAGAGUCUAUUGUCCAUGAAUUCACCAUCUUGUAUUCCAACAGAAUACACCAGAAAGAUAAGAAGUGGAACGACGGCAGGCUCAAGUACUACGAGUUUAAUGGGAAAAUAGAGAUCCUCAAUGAUGAUGACAACAUCAUCUCCACAGAUUUCGUACAAACGAAGAAUCACAAGCAAGUGCUAGCCACCAAGCUAGCAGUGAAUAACCAAUUCAAAUUAACUAACAAUAAGCUAGUGAUCGAGGUCACAGACCAAGGCGCCACUUAUACAAGAGAUAUAACGAACUCGUUCAAGAAGAAAACCCCAAUGAGUUUAUCGGAAAUUAAGUACGAGGAAGUGACGCCAAUCAAACGUGAAUACAAAACACCUUUGACCCCGACAAGUGGGGAUACCCUAAAUCGACAGGUUAAGAGACGUCAUGUCGGGCUUAGAAAAGUGAAGCCAAAGAUUAAGUCCGAUCCAGAGACCGGAACUCGGGAUUUAGACUUCAAGAUCAAAUCUCCUCAAGUGAAAGUCAAAAUCGAACAUGAAGAGCCCUUAUUUCAAUCACCACCGCAUAGCAUCAUUUCAAAAAAUUCCUCCUAUCAACACUUGCUGAAGAAUAUAUCUUCCGAUAAAUCAUCAAGAAACCCAUCUCCAAUAUCCACUCCAAAAACGAUCCCAUUGACAGGAAGUACUGUUACUACCCGUACGCCUCCGAAAAGAAUCCCUAGGAUAUCACCCGGUAGCUCUAAACAUUUUCAAUAUUUGAAUCAUAAGUCAAUUAAUCAGAGUCGAGAGGAUUAUACAGAUUCAUUGGCACAGGGAAAUCUACAAGUGAUAAAAGCAGAGCCGGAGUCUUUCGAGUCCAAGAAGAGCCUUGAAGAAGCUGACAUAAUUUACGAUCUUUCAGAUUUUGAAGAGGAUGAAAAAUUUCUCAAGAUGUUGAAAGAGAUGCAGAAUGAGAGAGAUAUCAGAGGGGUCAACUUUGGGAAUGAUAUGCAAGGAACGCAAGAAGAGAUGAUACAAUUUUCGAAGGAAAAUGUUCCAGUAUCCACUGUUGAUGAAACCUUAUCAACUCCUUCGAAAGCUCAAGGUCCAAUACAAAGUAGGAACACUCCUGCAAGUAAUAAAAAGUGUAACGAGUCUCAUGAUUUCGAUUUGUCUUCAAGUUCUGAAUUUGAAGAUGUUGACUCAACUCCAAUAGGCUAA